AUGCACAAGCGCACGAAGGUGAAGAUGACGUUCUUUGUGAUCCUGGUGGGUAUGGCGUCCAUGUUUACGGCGGUGGUGACGGACCAUUGGGCCGUGCUGAGCCCGCGGGUGGAGCAGGUGAACGCGACGUGUGAGGCGGCCCACUUUGGCCUCUGGAGGCUGUGUAAGAAGGCCAUCUACAUCAGUGAGGCGGACUACAAUGGAAAGGGUUGUGGCCCCAUCAGCUUACCUGGAGCGGAGAACUGCACCUACUUCAAACACUUCACUCCAGGGGACGAGUCUGAGAUUUUUGAAGUCAAAACCCAGAAAGAGUACAAUAUCUCGGCAGCGGCCAUCGCCAUCUUCAGCCUGGCCUUUAUGAUCCUGGGCACCUUGUGUCUCCUGUGCUCCUUCAAGAAGGGAAAUGACUACGUCCUCAAACCUGCAGGAAUGUUCUUCGCUUUCGCAGGCCUGUGCGCCAUCAUCUCAGUGGAGGUGAUGCGUCAGUCGGUAAAGCGGAUGAUCGAGAGCGAGGACACCAUCUGGAUAGACUACUCCUACGCCUGGUCCUUCGCCUGUGCCUGCGCUGGCUUCUGCCUCCUUUUCCUCAGUGGCCUCGGCCUCCUCCUGCUCUCCAUGCCCCGCAUGCCCCAAAACCCCUGGGAGUCCUGCAUGGACGCUGAACACGAAGUGGAGUAAUAGACAGAGGGAUGAGACGAGGAAGAGAGUGACACUUUGUUUUAAAAGCAAUAAGAUCACGAUCAAGAUAAACUUUGUGUUGUUAUAUAGUGGAACCAGAAGGUUAUUUCACACAGUGCUUGGGAGCAGUCGAGUCCUGCAUGCUUUCCCGAGUCAUAGUGGGAGGACCACACAACAU